CUUUUCUAUAUACCUGGGUAUGCAAUCUCACCUCUGUCUCUAUGUGCAGAUAAACAUAUUUCUGACUGGGCAUGGUGACUGAAUACUGAAGUCAAGCUGCAGUUCCCAGCUAAACCUCAUGCAAAUUCUGAGGGUGUGCUGCCAGUGAUGCAAGAAGAUCAAAUAUCGAUGCCGUCUCACCAAGCCCCUGCCACACAAGCACCUCCAUCUCCACAGGAAGGUGCUCCAUCCAGACCACUAAUGGAGAGCAUGCCCAAGAAGUGGGUGAUGCAGCCACUGUCCCCUAGACUGGAACCAGCAGACUUAAGAACCGUGCUCUGUUCUAGCGGAGAAGAAAGCAGUUGGGACAGCACAUGGACCUGCAGUGAGAGACGGGGCCUGAAUGACUCACUAACCUCGGUGACAUUGCAGGAGACGGAGAGUGAUAAUGACGUGUUUGAAAGGCCCUGGAAGGUGCAGGUUUCUGAGGGAAGCUACAGCAAGGACCACCAUCCCAGUAGUCCUACUAGCAUUAGCAGUGAUAGUAGCUCAGGCACUUGGCAUGGCUUCUACUCCUUCAUGGGCGAAGACGUGGAGAAGACAGAGGCCUGGAUGGUCUCCCCAGAGAGACAGAACAAACUAGCCACCCUCAAGGAGGCAAAUGGCUUCAAGUUGCAGGCGUACAGCGAGAAGAAGCCGGAGAAGCUCUUCCAGGAUGGCGAGGAGGACUCGUUCUCCCAGGUAGCCGCUGUGCCUGCGAUAGUGCAAGAUGACCUGGAGCAAGUUCAGCAAAGGUUGGAGAUCAUCCACAGCCAGGCACCGAAGAGGAAACCUGUUGACAUAGAGCAGUGGGAGGCACUUGAAGACUUGGACCUCAGCAAUCCGCCCCAGAGGGUGUUGGAUGGGCUGAGCCUCUACUAUAGCCCAUCCAGGGCAGAUCGAGAGACAGCCAAGGCAGAGCCUGGCGCCAUUGACACAGAGAAGAUUAACUUCAAUAUAGCACGGCAACAGUUCCUCACAAUGGAACAGUCCCGAUCCAACCUCUUCCAGAAUGUUCCUCAGGAACCUUACCAAUCUGCAAACAAAGAACGACCACCACAAGCUGAGGGAGGGCUGGUCAUGCUGAGGAGACAUGGUUAUGAGAGCCUCACUGGAGAGAAACCAAUCAGGAGUCAAAACCAAGAAUCAUAUUCAAUUAGGAAUGACUUAUUUGAUAACAAAUGCGUAACAGUUUACACAUCAGAGGAAACAACCGCAAACCAAAGCUGCUGUGAUGAGAAGCUUGGCUGUGGAUCCAUGCUUCCACCAGGCCAUGUGAGUGAUCAGUAUGCCUUCAUGGGGCAGGAAUACGGUCAGGAGCCACAACCUUUAGAUGAGGCCGAGACACCCAUCGAGAAGGAGAUCCGUCUCGCCCAGGAGAGGGAAGAGAGUUUGCGACGAGAGCGAGGCAUCAAGCACACAAACUUAAAGGAGAUGGUGGAAAUUAAAACCAAGCCAUUUCUUUCUCGGACAGGACCCAUCGGCACACCAACCAAGGCCAGGGAUAAGGGCAGAGUAAGCUUCUUCCUCCAGCGGGAGAUAGAGCUGGAGAGCCAGCGAGAAGAAAAGCUGCACCAUCAAGGGAGAGCGUCGAGUCUGUAUAACGAUGGCGCUCCCCAGGAACUGGGAGAUAGGAUGGAGGUCAUUGAGCAGCAAGCAGACGAGGUUCCAGUCACGCCCCCCAAGACGAGCAUCACAGGAAACCACCUUGAUGCGAUGCAAAUCAAAACAGGUGCUGAGGAGGCGCUCAGGACACCAGACUGCAGCACCCCAGCAGAAUGGAGACGUGACAGCAAAACAGAAGAUGUCCUGUCUCCUUGCUGUCCUCACCGGCACCCUGAGGAAACAGCUCAGUGGAUACUCGACAAUAGAUCGGUGCAAAACAGUUACAGUCCCUCUCCAUCCACUCCCUCCACACCCACUGACCUGCGACUCUUGUGGCCUUCACUGACUGGGAGGUACAUCGUGCCCCAGGCAGGGUCCCAUGAGAAGUUCAGUCUGAGGCCUCGCAAGGUGGACACCCCAGAGGCAAUUCUCAAAGAGAUAGAGCAAGACAUCAAAAGAGAGGAGGAGCUUCGGCUACUGCGGGGUGGCGGCAGCUUGGCCCAGCUUCAUGAUGAGGGCCUGGAUAAUGUGGAUAAGAGAGCACCCUCUACUGGUACAACGCUCAUGUCCCCUGAGGCACAGCCAGGCAAAAGCUGGCCAGGCCUGUCCUCCCCCUGGGGUCUCAGAGCCACCCAAGCGACUUUGGUGACAACAAAAGCUAGCUCCGCCCUGCCCCCCCCAUCAGUCCCCAGCUUCCCCUCCAUCCCUGUCGUGACGGCCCAACCCUGGAGCUCCUCUUGGCAAGACUCACCCAGCCCGGCCAGAGUCCACGCCCAGAAGCCGCAGACAAUGAGGUCCGGGGCAGGUGGCGCAGUCGCACAGAAGGGCCUGACCGAAACCCUGCUGGGGGACAUGGAAGACAGGAGCCCCAGGCUGAAGCUGGAGGAGAGCGUGUACGCUGGAAUCCAUCCAACUGAUGAUGUAAAUAGUGAGGUCCUGGAGGCUACUCGAGUUACCCGGCAUAAAAACACGCGCGCCCUCCGGUGGGAAGCAGGAGUGUUCGCCAACAAAGACUGCGACUGAGUCCUCUGCCAAGAGAGAGAAGGGCGUUGUUCUCCACCAGCCCCUUCUCCGGGACUCUCCAAGGGAAUAUUUCCUUUCCACUCCCAACUUCCUCUUGCAUUCCCCCCUCCCACAGACGUGCGCACUGUCGACUAAAGGCCCUCUGUGAGUGCCCCCCCCCCAGUCUAUUCAUCAGCCCCUACUGCACUGAGGGUUUUCAUGAGGUUUUAUUUCAGCUACAGAAAGUUAACAAAAAUAAAUAGUUAAAAAUUCUCCCCCCUUCUCCAUUACUACAUAACUACUGCUAAAGUCAUUGUGUACAUGUUCAUUUUACAUUUAUAUUUUACAUAUUUAGCAGACCUAAGUCCAAAGUCCGAUCAAGUCGGGCAAAUAGUACAUUACAAACAUGCUGUCUUGCAGUUGAAUAGGCAUAAGUGCAGCUAGGCUGAGCUUCCAGUACCCAGGUAUGAGUGUGAGCAGUAUUGAAGCAGGAGCUACACAACAACUUCUUACAGAGCAAGGAGCUAGUAAGAGCAGAAUAGCUGUGAGAUUAGCCCAACACGAGCAGCAGCUGUCUGCUCUUAUUACAAAAGAGAAAGUAGAACCAGGAUAUGAUCAUUUGAUCAGAGGAAAAUUAAUAUGAGCACAUUUUGGCUAAUUAAACAGAUUUCGCUAUUGCAAUUCCAAAGAAGGCUAAUCAACAUAUGGUAGUGAAGGGAAUAAGCUACGUUAAGGAAAAAUAGUAGAAUGACAAAAAUACUGCGAAUGUAGAAUAUCGUUUACUGUAGGGAGGUACAGAAAAAUUAAAUUAAGGAAACAGAAUUAAUUAAAUUAAUGAAAAAUUUGAAUCCGGAAGUGAGUCAUAGCUACCCCACCUGCCUUUGGCUUACUGUAAGCACAGUUACUGUAUACCAGAUAAGCACACCCAUUAAUAACAUACUGUGUCUAGGUAAUGUAUUUAAAAUGUGCUUAGUUGUAGCUUGUGGCGUUAAUCUUGUGACAUCUUUUAAAGGGAUUUAUAGGACUUGGAAUAUGCACUUAAUACUUUCACUCUCAAUUACUUUGACACUGAAGCAUUAGUGCUGAUAUAUAUUAUUUAAUACGAGUAUGAGAGUCUGCAUACUAAAGAUACACAGCAAGACUACAUAAAAACAACAUAUUUUUGUUAUACAACUCUUUUUGUAACUUCAGUUUCAACUCACAUUAACCAAAAAUGAUACUGUUAAUUUUGAAUACAACUGGACUCUUAAAUUAUAAAAGAGAGGAUUUAUUUCCUUAUUUCGGACAGGCUAAUGAAUAUAUAGUGUGAAAGGUAUCUUUUGACAUCAAUAUUUUAUGUAAUUUCUGAUGUGUUUUAAUGGUGUUUUGCUACAUUAUGACAAAGUUUUAAAUGUGGUGUUUAGAUUUUUCUUUUAAUAACCUGUACAGUAUAGAUUUUUUAUUGAAGGUAUGGUGAAAUAGUAUAACGUUUAGAUUCUUGAUUGAACAAUCCAUUAUUUUUUCUUAUUCAAUCAGUAUAAUAGUUUUUUUCUACAAACUUUAUCUUUUAUGCAAUGAGCCCUGCGUUUUAAUUACAAGGUAAUAUAAUGACAUGCAUAGUUGCAUAAUUUAUUUUAAAUUAUUUUGAAUGUAUAUAUAGUGCCUUGAUGUACUAAAUGCAUUAUUGUUGAUAUUUAUAGUGGAUAAGAUUAUGAUACAUGAGUUUGAAUAAAUAAAACUUUUGAAACUC